AUGAAACGUGUAGCAGAGCUUGAUUGUAAAAAUGUACCCGUCGGCAAGUCGCGUGAAAAGUUGUUGCGCUCGCGCAACAAACGCAAAUGCAAACGAAAGAAAAAUGCACGUACGAUGAGAAUGCGAUUGUGGACAUUGAAAGAGCCAGCGAAUCAGUGCAGCUCGGAACAAUACCAGCGGGAAAGCAUUCAUCAUCCGCCGCCGAUAGCUGCCGAACCGUGCACUGAGAUACGUUUGAAGCAUGCUCAGAACGUAUGGAUUAGAACUUAUCAACGGAUUGUAAAAUGGCAUGGGAAACAUCAAACGAACUAUUGGAAGCACUGUGCUCAACAGUUGAAGGCAGAAAAUGAUCGUCUAAAGCGUGUAAUGUUUGCAACUCGACCAUUAACCAACAGUAACAAUGCUGUGGAGAGUGAUUCCGAUGAAGAUCUUCACCACAGAGACGAUCCGUUCGGUGAUACAGAGGACGAAAGUUCGGAGGAAUUGGACGCAAUCGAAGGAUCUCACAAAAGACUACAACGACAGCGAAAACGACGAACCUCCGGGCGGGACGAGCAGCGGCAAGAGCGAGACGAGCUUGACGAGGAGUUUCUCGCGUUCAUGGAAGUAUCUGCCCGGCACCGGCUCGAGCAUCGACGACUGAAAAAUGAAAGUGUUCAUUAA